CUUACCAUUUCGUUGGCGCAAAAUAGCAAACCUCUGUCGUUUAAGCUUUGGCAAGAAAAAGGGCGAAAAAAUCAAAUCAGCAGUCGAGAGAAGAGAAGCUUUGAGAUAACCGGCGACCAUGGCAGCACCUGAGCCGCCGAGUUCAUCACAGAAAGUGAUCAUCCAAUUGAAAGCCACCGCUGAUGCUCCCAUACUCAAGCAAACAAAGUUCAAGCAGAUGCUUGGGACUGAUAAAUUUGCAAAGGUGAUCGACUUCUUGCGUCGUCAACUUCAUAGAGAAACAGUGUUUGUCUACAUCAACAGUGCAUUCUCACCAAAUCCGGAUGAAUUAGUGAUUGAUCUUUUCAAUAAUUUUGGUGUUGAUGGUAAGCUGCUGGUGAACUAUGCUUGUUCCGUGGCGUGGGGCUAACUUGACUUCAUCACAUGUUGCCAAAGUCCUUAACAGUUCAUACACUGAUUCAUUCAUACAAGGGAGGAACAUUAUCUGUAGAUAGAGUUUGUAGUUUGUAGUUUGAAGAUUAUGAUCAGAUAUGAUUUGGAUAGAAGAAGAAAAACAGUUUUAGUUUACUUUACCUCCUCUUUUCAUCAGGGUGCCAAUGUCUUGUAAUUUGUACCAAGUAUUGACAAUGUAUGCAUAUUGAGUUUGAAUGCCUCAAGCUCAUACCCAGCCGAAUUAUUUUUCCACUCCGUGUUUUGAUCCUCCCUUUCAUUUCUCAUUUGAACAUAUUCGGG